CUAGCCCCAGACGGUAGCGUGAUGGUUCAGGGAGGCAGUGCAGCGGGGAGGGGGCUGUGAGCACACAUCCACUCAGACAUGGCCGCUCCGCUCCGAGGAAGCACAGGAAGAGAGGCGGCGAUGGGAGCUUAGUUCACACCGUCUCUGGGAAACACUGGGAUUUAUCCUCUUCCCACGGCCGCAAUCGCACCAGUGUGUGUGUGUGUGUGUGUGUGGGUGUGUGUGUGAGUGCGAGUGAGUGUGUGUGUCGGGGGAGGUGGGUUUUGUUUGUCCUUGCCCCCUGAAGACCCCCAGCAGCCACCAGGAAGGGGGGGGAUCAUCCCACACAACCUGGUUUCUCUCUCCUUCAGGGAAGAGAAAGCGGUGAACGGGACAGCACCGUGUGGGUUUGUGUGUGUGUGUGUGUGUGUGUGUGAGGCUUUUCCUUUUUUCCGUGAAGACUGCAUUUUCCAUGGUGGAUGUUCACAGACACAGGCAGGCAAACACACCAGGGCACUCAAUGAAGGGCAGUCAGAGGGAGCAGGCGUGAGGAGGGCGGCAUGGCUCACGUAAAGGGGCCGCCUGUCAGAAAGACUUCGUCCCUGAACCUGGUCACAGGAUUCUUCCAGUAUCUGAGAGAUGAGCAGGAAGCAGUGCAGAAGAGGACAUUCACCAAAUGGAUAAAUUCUCACUUGGCCAAGCAUAAACCCGCCCUAGAGGUCAACGACCUUUUUGAGGACAUCAAGGAUGGGGUGAAGCUCCUGGCCCUGUUGGAAGUGUUAUCCGGCCAGAGGCUGCCCUGUGAGCAGGGCCGGCAGAUCAAGAGGAUCCACUGGGUGUCCAACAUCGGCACCGCGCUCCGCUUCCUCGAAGGCAGGAGGAUCAAACUGGUCAACAUCCACGCCACGGACAUUGCAGACGGGCGGCCCUCCAUCGUUCUGGGGCUGAUAUGGACCAUCAUCCUUUACUUCCAGAUUGAGGAGCUGACCAGUAACCUGCAGGCGGCCGAGGGUCUUUCCACCAGCAACUCCUCUGUGGACAGCAUGGCUAGCUCGGAGACAGGAAGUCCCCCCGUCAAGAGGAAGCAGAGGCUGCAGGGCAACGCCAAGCGCUCCCUGCUCCGAUGGGUGCAGAGCAUGGCGGCCAAGCGCCAGGGCAUCGAGGUGAAGGACUUCGGGCCCAGCUGGCGCAGCGGCGUGGCCUUCCACGCCGUGGUGCACGCCAUCCGGCCCGACCUGGUGGACAUGGAGCUGGUCCGCAGGAGGAGCAACCGGGACAACCUGGAGGAGGCCUUCAGCCUGGCCGAGAACCAGCUGGGCAUCCCCCGACUGCUGGAGCCCGCAGAUGUGGAUGUGGACAAACCAGACGAGAAGUCUAUCAUGACGUACGUGGCUCAGUUCCUGAAGCACUACCCCAACCCCCACCAGGACUCAGACUCACAGCAGGACCAGAGAGAGGAGCGUAAGGCCCUGAGGGAGCUCAAGGUGUUCCUGGACCAGUUGGAGAGAGACAUUCUGCGAGCCCAGGGGGCCGAGGGAAACCUCACCGACAAAUACCAGGUGUUCAAGAGCUUCCGUGUGCAGUACGAGAUGAAGAAGAAGCAGAGCGAGGCCCUGCUGCAGCCCAUGCAGAGGGACGGCAAGCUGUCUGUGGAGCAGGCGCUGGUCAAGCAGGCCUGGGACCGGCUGGCCAUCAGGCUGCUGGACUGGCACAUCCACCUGGACAAGUCUCUGCCGGGACCCCUGGGGGUGAUGGGGGCCUGGCUCCACCGGGCGGAGAUCGCCCUGAGGGAGGAGAUCCCCAUCCACCAGGCCCACGAGGAGACGGCCAACGGGGUGCACCGGAAGCUGGAGCAGCACAAGGAAGUCCUGAUGAACCUGGAGUCCCACCGGCAGACCUUCCAGCAGAUACACAGAGACCGCUCUGUGAACGGGGUGCCCGUCCCCCCGGAGCAGCUCCAGGACAUGGCAGAGCGGUUCAAUUUUGUGUCCACGUCUUCUCAUGCUCACCUGAUCAAAAUGGAAUUCUGGGAAAUGAAGUAUCGCCUGAUGGCGUUUCUAAUCCUGGCUGAGUCUAAACUCAAGUCCUGGAUCAUCAAAUAUGGCCGCCGGGACUCUGUGGAACUCCUUCUGGACGGCUACGUUUCGUUCAUCGAAGGCUACAAGUUCUUCGACCAGUACGACAUCAUAUACAAAGCCCUCAAAAAGGCAGCAGAGGUCUAUCUGAACUCUGAUACUCUAGGCUCUAAGAACUGUAACAGAGCCGAGGAGGCGGAAGGCGUGGGCCGGUUCCUGGGCGAGGCUACGGCCCAGUGGAGGAACCUGGCGGUGGAGGUGCGCAGCGUGCGCAGCAUGCUGGAGGAGGUCAUCUCCAACUGGGACAAGUACAGCAGCACAGUGGCCGCGCUGCAGGCCUGGCUGGAGGACGCAGAGCAGACCCUCAACCAGUCGGAGGACGCCAAGCGCGAUUUCUUCCGGAACCUGUCCCACUGGAUCCAGCAGCACAUGGACAUGAACGACGCGGGGAACUUCCUGAUCGAGACCUGUGACGAGACAGUGUCUCGAGACCUGAAGCAGCAGCUGCUGCUGCUCAACGGGAGGUGGAGGGAGCUCUUCGUCAAAGUCAAGCAUUACGCCAGAGCAGACGAGGUGGACAAGCUGAGGACGGACUACCAGGAGGGGAUCAACACCCUGAAGCUGUUCCUGGACGUCACCAACCAGAAGAUGACCGCCCCGGUCCAGGUCUCCUUCCUCAAUGUCAGAACCUUCGUCCAGGACGUUGAGGAGACCAAGCACAAGCUGCCGGCCAUGGAGGCAGCGUGCAAGGCGGCGUGGCGCAGUGCCCAACUCCUGAACAAGGACAGCCCGGAGGAGGAGGUCUCCCACAUGCUGGCCCUCAUGGCCACCGUCAAGGAGCAGCUCGGCAAGAUCAGAGAGCGAUGCCUGCCGCUGCUGCGAGAGUCCCAGUCUCUGCUGCCCCCGCUGGAGGAGAUGGAGAAGAACAUCACAGGCUUCUACCAGGCCCUAGAGAAGGCCAGCCGGAUCACCGGCUCCAGGGACUCAGAGGGGCCCGGGGACUUCAAACUCAAAUGCCAGGAGCUGGUGACCUACACCCACAGCUGUAAGAAGUGUCUGUCAGUGAUCGAGAGGAGCCACCAGAGCCUCCAGAAGACGCUGGACGGCAGCCGCACCCUGCAGCACAUGCAGACCACGCUGCUGCAGAAACGCGUGGCUGACCUGCAGUCGUCCUCACAGGCGAUGAUCAAGGAGUCUGCGGAGUGGAGGAAGCACGUGGAGGCCAACAGCAGCCUGAUGAAGCGCUUCGAGGAGUCCCGCCUGGAGCUGGAGAAGGUGCUGAAGACGGCCCAGAGCUGCCUGACCGAGAGGGGCCCCCCCGAGGAGCUGCUGAGGAGACACACGGAGUUCUUCGGCCAGCUGGACCAGCGCGUGCUCAACAGCUUCCUGAAGGCCUGUGACGAGCUCACCGACAUCCUGCCUGAACCGGAGCAGCAGUCCCUGCAGGAGACCGUCAGGAAGCUGCACAAACACUGGAAGGACGUCCAGACCGAGGCCCCCUUCCACCUGCUCCACCUGAAGGUGGAGGUGGAGAGCAGCAAGAUGAUGGCGUCGCUGCAGGAGUGCCAGGCGGAGGUGACCCGGGAGAACCGCCAGCUGGCCAGCGUGGGCAGCGAGCGGCUGGUGAAGGAGCACCGGGCCUUCUUCAGGGAGAAGGGCCCCCAGAGUGUGUGCGAGAAGCGGCUCCAGGCGAUGGAGGAGCUGUGUGAGAAGCUGCCGGCCUCGGACCCGGCCCACCACAGCCUGGAGGCGGCCCGCCAGGCCCUGGCCGACGCCCAGGAGGAGGCGGACAACACACACCAGAAGCUCAUGCAGCACCAGGACAAGUGGAAGGAGUACGCCGCCAGGUAUGCAGAGCUCUCGUGCUGGCUCAUCUCUAAAGAGAGCCAGCUCAGACUGCUGAGGAGCAGGGCCAACGACCCCAGUAAAUACGGCCAGGUGAAGGCCACCAUCACGGAGCUGCGGCAGGACGCAGAGCUGCAGGAGGGCAACCUGGGCUGGCUGCGGACGCGCAUGGCGGCCCUCAUAGAGGUGUGCAGCGACAGCGACGGCCAGCGCCACGGAGGGGCCCUCGGGAAGCUCUCCGUAGACUUCAAGGGCCUCAUCGCCUCUCUGUCGGAGGCUGAGAAGAUGGUGCUGGCUGUGGGGGACUGCGUCCAGUUCCGGGAGGAGGUGAGGAGCACCCUAGCGGAGGUGGUGGAGGGGCAGAAGGAGGCGCAGGCGGAGGCCGUCAGGAUACUGGACUCCCAGACGGUCCGGGACGCCCAGCAGCUGCUCCUCGGGAGACAGCAACUGCUGAAGCGUCUGAAGCAGCGGCGGAGGGACGUGCAGCAGCUGACCACCAGGGGGCAGCAGCUCCAAGCGGAGGAGGGCGUGGGGGACUCCCUGCAGCAGGACCUGCAGAGCCUUGAGAACACGCUCAGCAAGAUGGAGCAGAGCAUGGACUCCCAGGAGCAGAGCCUGGAGGUCACCCUGGCGGCCUGGCAGGAGUUUGACAGUCAGCAGGAAGCGGUGCGGGAGUUUGUGAACAAGGCGCGGGCCGCGUCCGACAGAGACCUGAACUUCAGCAGUCCCGAAAGCCUCGUGGCGGAGCUGAGCCAGGCCAGGGUGUUACUGAAGCAGUGUGAGGCGGAGGUCUCCCACAUGAACACUCUGCUGAAGAGGGCCACUGAGAUCCAGCUGGGCCCCAGGAACAAGGCCCUGCUCCUGGGCCAGGCGCGGGCCCUCAGCCAGCAGGUGGACCAGGUGGAGGCGGGCCUCAAGAAAGAUGUGGUGACCCUGGAGGGGAUGCGAGUGCAGUGGGAGCAGUUUGGGCGUGGCUUUGAGGCCUUCUCCGUCUGGAUCUCAGACAAGGAGAAGCAGCUGGACCCCCUGAAGAGCUCCUCCGCCCCUCUGGAGCAGCAGAUUAGCACCGUGAAGGCCGUGAGCUCGGAGCUCCGGGAGCGGGAGGAGGUCCACUCCCGGCUGGAGGCCGACUCCCAGGCGCUGGGCCAGUUCCUGUCCUCGGGGGAGGCGGCCCGCGUCAGGGCGCGGCUCACCCAGACGGGGAGGUACUGGGAGGAGCUGAGGGAGAGCGUGCAGCAGCUCCAGGCCCGGCUGGAGGAGAGCUUCUCCCACCAGCAGAGGUUCAACGCCAGCCUGGAGGAGGCACAGGCAUCACUCAUUGGUCUGCACAGUACACUGGAGCAGCCAAUCACAUCAUGCUCCUCGUCAUCAGAGACCUACAAAGCUCUUCAAAGCCACACGGACGUGUGCCAGGGCCUUGAGAAGCUGAAGGCGGCCGUGCUGUCCCUGUCGGCCAGCGCCCGGAGACUCAGCGACAAAGAGGAGGCGGAGAGAGCGGCGGCCGCGCUGCAGGCCAGCUACGACGUCAGCGUGCAGCAGGCCAAGGACAAACAGAGCCAGCUGGAGGGGCUGCUGUCGCUCUGGCAGAAGUAUGAGAAGGACCGGUCCAGCUUUGUGUCCUGCUUGGAGAGAAGCGAGUCGCUCUCUAACCCAGAGAGCCGCCGAUUCUCCACCGACAAAACCAAACUGAUCAGCGAGCUGCAGGACUUACAGGGUCUGCACUCUGAGCUGUGCUCCCUGGAGGUGUGUCACGCGGGCCUGGUGGCCCUGGCCUCCGCCCUGGGGUCCAGCGCCCCCCAGCAGAGGGCCCAGCUGCUCAAUGAAGACCUGGGGACCCUGCACACGAGGUGGAGCGCCCAGAACACCGCCGUCCCCCAGAGGACCCAGGAGCUGCAGAGCCACUUGUCGCAGGUGGAGCAGUUCGACCAGGCUCUGGUCAAGUUCUCCCAGUGGGGCGAGAGCAUGCUCUCCACCCUCCACUCCGCCUCUCAGAUAAACACCACCCACCUGCCACCGGCCGUGACGCAAGUGAAGGAUAACCGAGCCGCUCUCCAGAAGCAGGCGGUCGUGAAGCAGAUCCUGGAGCAGCAGACGGAGUGCCUGUGUCGGGCCUGUGAGCCCGGCGACGCCCAGCUCCUCCACGGCCGACUGGAGAACUGCCUCCUGCCCUACCUGGAGGCCCGGCAGGCGGCCGAGCUCCAGCUGGAGUGCCUGGAGCGGCUGCAGGCCUUCCUGCAGACCCAGGGCACGACGGCGGCGACCCUGCAGGGCCUGAGGCAGACGGUGGAGGGCGCGGGCAGCUGGGACCGCGCCCGCGUGGAAGAGCUGCAGCAGGAGCUGUCGGCCGCUCUGCCCGAGGUGGCCCGGCUGGAAUCCCUGGCGGCCGGCUUGGACAGCAGCCUCUGCAAGGGCCACCUGCACGUGGGUGACGGCCAGGGGGCGCGUACCUCCUGCCGGCGCAUGGCCGACGCGCUGAGCGCCGAGGUGGACGCCGUCCGGAGCCUGCUGGGCUCCAAGCAGAGCGAGGCGGACGCCCUGGGCGCCCUGUGGACCUCCUUCAGGCAGCGCAAGGAGCAGCUGCUGAAGACCGUGGAGGACAUUGAGGAGAAGGCCGACCACCAGAGCAUGAAGGAGCCCAGCCUUCAGGCUCUGCAGCAGAGGCUGCGUUUCUUCAACCAGUUGGAGGACGAGCUCCAGUCGCACCAGCACGAGGAGCAGUGGCUGAGGGACAAGGGCCAGCAACUCGCCCAGCGCGACGCAGAGUUCGCAGGGGAGGUGCUGCGGGAGAUCGGCCUGUUGAAGUCCACCUGGGAGGACACCAAGAGACUCAUCUCAGACAGGCAGGAGCAGUGUGGGGUCCUGGUGGAACUGAUGAGAGAGUACCAGGGUCUGAAGACCUCCAUCACUGGCAUUGUGGAGAGCACAGAAGCUGUGGUGGAUAUCAGCUCUGCUCUCAAGGACCACGAAGAAACCAAGAGAUCCCUAUCCAAGCAUGAGGGGGUGAAGACCAACAUGUCUGGUAAGCAGCAGGAGCUGGACCUCUUCUCCAGCCGGGGGAAGCAGCUGCUCAGCGAGCUGAGGAUGAUCCCGGACUGCGACGCGCAGGUCAUGAAGAAGGAUGUGGAGACGCUGGUGGAUCAGUGGCUGGAUGUGUCGGAGAGAGUGGACGACAACAUCGACCGCCUCAGCAAGAGUUUGGUGGUGUGGGAGGAAGUGCGCAGGAUCAGUGACGACAUCGAGAGCUGGGCCAGCAGCUGUGCCUUAGAGCUGAGUGAAAGUCUGAACAACCUCAACGACAGCCACAAGAUGUCCGGCAGGCUGGCUGUGGUAGAGAAAGAAAUUGUGGAGAAAGAGCAGAGACUGAACACCCUUCUGGAGAACGUAGAAGAACUGAAGCAACACAGCGGAGGCCAAGAAACUCCCGCUAAACUACAGGCGCUUGAAGCAGACUUGCAGAUGAAGAUCAGCAAUGUCCACAAGCUGUGUGAGCAGGCGAGGGGGAACCUGAAGGACUUCAGCUCCCAGAGGAAACAGCUAGAGGACUACAUUUCCCAGAUGUCAGACUGGCUGAAGAGUAUGGAAGAGUCCCUGAUUUCAACAACCACGGGGUCAGAUCCUGAGGAUAUCUACAGUGUCAAGGAUCUCCAGAAAGAGCUCCUGAACCAGCAGGGUAGCAUCGAUGCUACCAGGGAGAGCCUCAACAACCUGUGCAGAAAGUACCCCUCUGAAGAGCUGGCUGGCCUGGGAUCAGCCCUCACCGACCUGAUCAAGAGCUAUGAGGCCAUCAACCAGCUUUCAGCCAGGACGCUGGUGGGGAUGCAGCACUGUCUGCAGCAACACUUCAAUGACCUUGUCCAGGAGUUUCAUCGAUGGCUCUCUGAACAGAGAGAGAUCGUGAAAGAAUGCUCUGACCGAUCAGGAGACACCUGUGUCGUUGAUCGCAAACUCCAGAAGAUCAAGGGAGCGAUGGAGCGCGUGGAGGAGGGAGAGGUGCGUCUCACGCAGGUCUGUGAGGAAGGGGAGAAGCUGCUCCUCCACCUCCCAAAGGCCAGCGCCGGCCAGGUCCAGCAGAACCUCUCCUCCAUCCAGCAGGACUGGGACAGCUUUGUGGAGCAGUGCCGGCAGAACCAGCAGAUCCUGGAGGACAGCGCCUCCCUCAUGAAGGGGUUCGAGGGCCGGCUGAAGAAGCUGCGCUGGUGGCUGGAGCACAUGGAGAAGAGGAUGACCACCGACCUGUCUGAGGCCCAGCAGCAGCGAGGCCCGGAGAAGGCCAUGCUGGAGCAGGUGGAGGAGUAUCAGCAAGAGGUGCUCAAAGAGAGGGACUCGUUUGAGCGCUUGUGCCAGGAGGCGCAGGCCCUGAACGAGGGCGGGCGCGGCGACGGCAGUGAGACGCGGGUGUCGGCCCAGCUGCAGUCCCAGCAGCAGGCGCUGCUGCGGCGCGCCCGCGAACGGCUGCGCAGCUGCCAGCUCACCCUGCAGGAGCAGCAGGCCUUCCAGGACACCCUGCAGAGCACCUGGUCCUGGCUCAAUGGGGCCCAGGAGCGCCUGGCCUCGCUCGAUAGCACCGUGGGCAACAAGGAGACGCUGGAGAAGAGGCUGGGGCUCGUACAGGAUAUCCUGCUGAUGAAGGGCGAGGGGGAGGUGAAGCUGAACAUGACCGUGGGGAAGGGAGAGCAGGUCCUGAAGCACAACAGUCCGGAGGGCCAGGAGGCCAUCCGCUCCCAGCUGCAGCGGCUCAAGGAUUCCUGGGCCAACAUGCUGAUGACCUCCAUGAGCUGCCACAGCCGCCUGGAAUGGACAGUGGCCCAGUGGAGCUGCUACCAGGAGAGCCGGAGCCAGCUGCAGCAGUGGCUGGAGACGGUGGAGCAGGAGGUGAGCGUGAACCUGCCCCAGCAGCCCGGGCUGAAGGAGAAGGCCUCCCUGCUGGAGCGCCUGCGGGCCGUGCAGGCCGACGUGGAGGCCCACGCGGGGGUGCUGUCGCGCCUCACCGAGAAGGCAGUGGAGCUGCACGAGAAGACCGCCGACCAGAUGUUCGGACCGGAGCAGAGGGCAGAGCUCAACGUCCACUUUGCCGACCUCUCCUCCGUGGUCAAGGGCAAAGUGCACUCCAUGGAGGGUAUUGUGUCCGAGCACGAGCAGUACCUGGACGCUGUCCGGGACUUCAACGACUGGCUCAUCUCGGCCAAGGAGGAGCUUCAGCGCUGGUCGGACCUGUCUGGAGACACCACUUCAAUAAGGAGAAAGCUGUCCAAGGUGCAGGAGCUGCUGGACUCAAAGCAGCGGGGCAGGGAGAGGCUGAGCCGGGUUCAGCGCAGUGGCGCGGCGGCCCGGGACCACACCGGCUCCGGGGGCUUCGAGGCCGUGGAGCGCGAGGAGGCGGCCCUGCUGUCGUCGUGGGAACAGUGGGAGCGCGGCGCCCUGCAGACCAGGGCUGGCCUGGAGACCUCCCUCUCCCAGAUCGCCAGCUCCGAGCAGGAGUUCAGCGUUCUGUCAUCUCGGCUGGGGCAGGACCUGCACGACUUCGGUGCCCAGCUCCAUGACUGCCGCCUCAGGCUGGCCCAGUGCGAGGGAAAACACAGUGGGGAGGAGUGUGUCAAGGCCUGGCAGCUGGCAAAGGCCACGCUGGCGGACCUGGUGAAAGCUGAGCCCACGUCAGAGAGUUUGAAGACUCAGCUCAAUGACCUAUGCCGGUUCUCCAGAGACCUGGGCAAGCUGUCAGAGAAGGUGUCUUCCCUCAUUAAAGAGUACAACAGUCUCAGCCUCCAGGCCUCCAGAGGGUGCCAGAGUAAGGAGAAGCUGCUGGACCAGGGCUUCCGCUCGGCCUUCAGAGAGUUCCAGCAGUGGCUGGUCAACGCCAAGAUCAACACUGCCAAGUGUUUCGACGUGCCGCAGAACCUCAGUGAGGCGUCCUCCAGCCUCCAGAAGAUCCAGGAGUUCCUCGGUGACAGGGAGAAGGGCCAGAGCAAGGUGAAUGGUGUGCUGGUGAGCAGCGAGCUGUUCAUCAGCGUGGCGGCAAAGGACAGGGUGGAGGGGGUGCGGGCCAAGACCAACAGCGCCCGGGACGACUGGAAGAACCUCAUGUCCAACCUGCACAGCAGAGAGACGAGCCUACAGAACCUAGUAUGUCAGAUGAAGGACUUUGAGACGAGUGCCGAACCACUCCAGGGUUGGCUGAACGUAACAGAGCAGGCAGUGCAGGAGAGCAGCACACGUCUCCAUGAUCUCGGAGCCAAGAAGCAGGAGCUCCAUAAACUGCAGUCCGUCCUGGAGGAGUUAGCCUCUCAGGAUGUGCACCUGAGCAGACUCAGGGAGAAGGCCCAGCUGCUGUGGGACGAACAUGCUGCCGGCAAGGGCUUUAUGCACCAUGUGUCUCAGCUCUCCGCCCAGUACCUAGCUUUAACCAACCUCACCAAGGAGAAGGCUUCAAGAAUUGACAGGAUAGUCACCGAACACCAGAUGUUUGCCCAGGGGCUCAAAGAGCUGCAAAACUGGGUGACCGACACUAGCCACAUGCUGCAGACCUACUGUGCACCCACCGCAGACAAAAACGUCCUUGACAGCAGGAUGAUCAAACUGGAGGCCUUGCUCUCUGCACGACAAGAGAAGGAGAUCCAGCUGAAAAUGCUGACCACCAGGGGAGAGUCUGUCCAGAGGAACACGUCGACGGAGGGGGUUCCAGUGGUGCAGAAGAACAUACAGGACCUCAAGGACUCCUGGGAUGCGCUCCUCUCUGCCUCCAUUCAGUGCAAAAGUCAACUGGAGGGAUCCCUGUCUCAGUGGACAAGCUACCAGGAGGACGUCCAACAGUUCGUGGCCUGGAUCGAGCAAGUGGAAGAGAGCCUGGAGUCUGGGACUAAACCCUGCUCGGAGAUGAGAGACAAAAGUGCCAAUCUGGGCAAAGCCAAGCUGCUCCACGAGGAAGUGCUCAGCCACAGUGCCUUGCUGGACACCAUCAGCCUGAAAAGUGCCAAUAUGGCCGAACACUACGUCUCACAGCUGGAGCUGCAGGACCUGCAGGAGCGCUACAACGCUGUCAGAGAGAACGCCAUGAUGGCGGUCGGUACGGCGGAGGAGCUGGUGAUGUCCCACCACGAGUACCAGCGGGCCCUCCAGGUGUUCGAGGACUGGCUGGAGGAGGAGCAGGAGAAGCUGAGCUGCUACACCCAGCUGGAGGGAGACGUGGACACGCUGGAGGAGACGCUCCAGAAGCUGCAGGAACUGCAGCUGCACUGCACAGAGGGCCAGGCCCUGCUCAACAACCUCCUUGUGUGCCGGGAGCUGGUCACCCCGUGGGGGCUGCCCCAGAUGGAGGAGCGAGCCCUGGAGAUGGCCCAGCAGGAGUGGCGGCUGUACCAGGGCCGACUGGGGGACACCAGGGCCCAGCUCAACAGCGCCCUAGCAAAGCUGCGGCAGAUGGAGCAGAAGUUCCAGCGACUGGACAGCUGGCUGAGGGGCAUGGAGACCAAAGGACAGCUGCGUGGCCAUCGCAGGUCCGACCGCACCACCAAGGACGCUCAGCUGGAGCUGAUUAAGAGCUGGCAGGAAGAGGUGCUUGUCUACCAGGAGGAGAUGGAGGGCCUCAGUAUUCUGGCCCAGCAGGUUCUGGAUGAAACCCACAUCACUAGUCGGAUCAGCACCAGAGCCACCCAGAUCACAGCCCGAUACCAUGCACUGCUUCUGCACUUACUGGAGACCAUCAAGCAGCUCCAAGAGGAGGUGUCUUGCAUUGAGGAUGCCCAGGGUGUCUUGGGCACCUUCUCUGAUUGGCUGAGCAUGUCCCAGAACAGUUUCAGCACCGUGGCCAGCUGCAUCGAUGUGGUGGACCGCGUAGCCAUGGAGAGAAAAAUGAAGAAACUUGAGGCUCUGCAAGGUGACUUGGAGCAGGGACACAACUUCCUGAAGACCUUGCGGGAGAAGACCGACCGAGCCCUGGACUACCUGGAGGAGCGGGAGGCCGGCCAGCUCCGGGAGGAGGUGGACGGCCGCCUCGGCCAGCUGGAGGAGCUGACGGUGGCCCUGCGCGCCCAACACAGCUCCCUGGAGAAGUGCAUCUCCCUUUCCAAAGACUUCCUCGACAAGUACAAGGCCCAGUCGCACUGGGUCACCGACACCCAGAACCUCCUGGGCUCCGCCGUUGAGCCCAAGGCCGAGCUGUACCAGAAGAAGGCGCAGCUGGCCAAGUACAAGACUGUCCAGCAGACGGUCCAGUCCCACGAGUCUGCAGUGAGAUCAGUGGUUGAGAAGGGAGAGGCAUUGCUGGAAACUGUCCCGGACCCGACUGUCCGAGACAACAUGAAGAGACUACAAGCAGACUACCAGGACCUCUGCACAGCUGCAAAGAGCCAGGUGCUGAGCCUGGUGGAGUGGGUGAAGGAGCACGAGGACUACAACAGCGAGCUCCAGGAGGCAGACAAAUGGCUCCUGCAGAUGUCCAGCCGGCUGGUGACGUCGGACUCCAUGCAGACCAGCAGCAUGGAGAUGGCCACCCAGCAACUGGCUCGCCAUAAGGCGAUCAUGGAGGACAUCGCAGGCUUUGAGGAGCGCCUGGGCAGCCUGAAGCAGAAGGGAGAGGGCCUGGUUGCCAGCUGCACGGAGCACGUCCAGGCCAAGAUCAGCCAGCAGGUCCAGGCCCAGCAGCAGGGAACCAGAGACAGCUACUCUGCCAUCUGCAACACGGCCCAGCGGGUCUACCAGAGCCUGGACCGCGAGCUCCAGAAGCAUGUGAGCCACCAGGACACCCUGCAGCAGAGCCAGACGUGGCUGUCUGCUGUGCAAGAGGAGCUCCAGCUCCACCAGCACCAGCCGCCCUCUGGUCUUCAGGAAGCCCUCAAGCAGGUUAAACACUACCGGGCCCUCCAGGAGCAGGCCAUCACAUACCUGGACCUGGUGUGUUCCGUGUGCGACCUGUCAGACGACACUGUGAGGGUGACCGCAGCCGAGGUGCAGAGGAUCAAACUCACGAUCGAGGAGCGUAUGUCCAACGCCCAGGCCCUGUCUGAGGGCUGGAGGGAGAUCAAGGAGCAGAAGCAGGAUCUGUCCGGCCUGUUCCAGGACCUGGAGCAGCAGCUGCUGGCCUUCUCCCGCAGGCCGGCCGAGCUGGAGACCAAGAUGGCUGACAACAUGCUGUGCCAAGUCAAGGACCUCAGCCAGCAGCUGCAUUCCAAGCAGAGCGUUCUGACCCGCAUGACGGACAGCGUGGGCCGGCUGGCGGCCUGCCAGGACUCCCCCGAGCACGGGGAGCUGGCCCGGCUCAGCCAAACCUGGCUGGAGCUCUGCCAGCAGGCGGGCACGCUGGAGGGCCACCGGCAGCAGGACCUGCUGCGCUCCCGGGACUACCACCGCUGCAUCUCCGCCAUGGAGGCGCUGUUCGAGCAGGUGUCCGUCGCCUGGGACAACCUGGCCAGAACGGACGCUGAGAGCUCCUCGGAGCACCUGGAGGCCCUGCGGAAGCUGGCGGUGACGCUGCAGGAGCAGAGGGGCACCCUGGAGGAGCUGAAGGAGCAGCGGCAGAAGGUGGUGCAGCACCUCAACCUGGACGACAAGGAGCUGGUGAAGGAGCAGAUCGGCCACUUCGAGCAGCGCUGGGCGCAGCUGCAGAGCCUGAUCGAGAGGAAGGUCCAGGACUCGGUGGUCACCCUGGAGGACAUGGCCCUGGUGGAGGCGCGGCUCAGGGAGGCGCGGGACUGGGCCGAGGAGCAGCAGCCCGCCCUGUCGGAGGCCAUGAAGAUGAGCCCCCCUCCGGAGCUGGCGCAGAGCUUCCUGUUCGACCACCUGAGCGUGUGCAGCGAGCUGGAGGCCAAGCAGCUGCUGCUGGCCCAGGCCAUGGCCGACGCCGACCGCAUCCUGGCGCACCUCGGCCUGGACGAGCGCCAGCGGCUGCAGCAGCUGAUCGCCGACACCCAGUCGCAGGUGGAGUCGCUGGGCGUGACGGUCGCCCAGCGCAGGAAGCACCUCAGCAAGGCGUUCACGGAGAGGACCCAGUUUCUGAUGGCCGUGGGUCAGUCCAUCACCUGGGUCCAGCAGAACGAGAAGAAGGCCCAGGCAGAGGAGAGCGUGGCACUGCUGCCCGACGACCUGGCCAAGCAGGUGCGCACCUGCCGGAACAUCCAGAGCAGCCUGAAGGCCUACCAGAGCGAGCUGACCUCGCUGUGGGCGCAGGGCCGGGACCUGAUGAGGGACGCCAGUGAGGAGGAGAAGAACGAGAUCCUCACCAAGCUGCAGGAGCUGCAAAACAUCUUCGACAAGACACUGCACAGAUGUGGCCAGCGGCUGCAGGAGCUGGAGAAGGCGCUGACGUCAAGAAAGUACUUCAAGACUGACCUGGAGAAGACUUGCCAGUGGCUGAAGCAGGCUGACAUCGUCACCUUCCCGGAGAUCAACCUCAUGAACGGCGACCAAGAGCUGGAGUUCCAGAUGCUGAAGUACCAGCAGAUCAUCGAACACGCGGUGGAAUACGAGAACCUCCUCCUCACUGUGCAGAGGGCCGGCCAGGAGAUACUGCCCACUCUGAACGAAGUGGACCACUGCUACCUGGACGAGAAACUCAACACUCUGCCCCAGCAGUACAACACCAUACUAGCGCUGGCCAGAGAGAAACAGGAGAAGAUCCAGCAGGCAAUCCUGGCCAGAAAGGAGUACGCUUCCUUCAUAGACAUCACUCACAAGGCCCUGAAGGAGCUGGAGGAGCAGUUCAACGACCUGGAGAAGCAGCCCGUGGGCCUCCAGACAGAGGAGGUGAUCAGCCUGCAGGGCGACUACAAGGCCAUCCUGGUGGACCUGGGCGACCUGGGCCAGGCUGUGGGGGAGCUCAACCAGAAGAAGGAGGGCUUCCGCAGCACGGGCCAGCCCUGGCGGCCCGAGGAGAUGACCCAGCUGGUGAGUCUGUACAACGGCCUGAAGCGGCUGGUGGAGCAGAGGGUGGAGCACCUGGACGACACGCUGGAGUCCUUUGAGGACCACAAGGCCAUGGCCAUGCAGGUGGACUCGGAGCUGAAGGCCACCAAGGAGCAGCUGGUCAAGGUGAACACGGAGACCCAGUCGGCGGAGGAGCGGCUGAAGAACUACCACGCCCUGGCGGGCAGCCUGCAGAGCGCCAGCUCCCACCUGUCCCGGCUGAUGGAGCAGAUGGACACCCUGGCCACGCACGUGGACCACGCCGCGCAGGACGCCUCCAAGGAGCAGGUGGUGCUGUGGCAGGACGAGCUGCACUCCCUGCAGGCGGCCGUGGGCGACCUGAUCGAGGAGUGCGAGGACCGCUUCGUCCAGAGCAAGGACUUUGAGACGGAGAUGACGAGGACGCUGGACUGGCUGCAGCAGGUGCGCGACGAGCUGGGCUGCGCGGUCAUCGUGGACGUGCGGCUGGAGAAGGUGCAGGAGGAGAUCCGGAAGCAGCAGAUCAUGCAGGAGGAGGUGCAGUCGCGGCUGAGGAUCGUGGCGGCGCUCAGCAGCCGGGAGAAGCAGAAGUACGUCAGCGCCAACGAGCUGGUGCCGGCCCACAUGGACACCAGCCUGGAGGAGAUGGCCAAGCUCCAGGCAGAGGUCCAGAAAGCUCUGAGCUCUAAACAGAUCACCCUGGAGCAGGCGCUGCUCCUGUGCCAGCGCUACCACUUCCGGAUGCAGUCGGCGUGCGAGUGGCUGGAGGAGGCCGUGUCCUUCCUGCAGCAGGCCAGCCUGGGCGUGGACGUGGAGAACUACGAGGAGUGCCUCCGGCAGCAGGAGGACAUCCUGUCCACGGAGCAGGAGUUCCUGCUGCACCUGGAGGAGCUGGGCCAGCUGCCGGGCCAGCUGGAGCGUCUAGUCACCCCAUCGGCCCGGGAGCAGCUCCGCCUCAGCGUUGGCUCGGCCCAGCAGAGGGGCGUGGAGGUCCGGGACCAGCUGCAGUGCCACCAGGACGUCCUGCACAGCUGCGUGGCCCAGUGGAAGGCCUACCAGGAGUCCAGGCAGACGGUCAUCGAGCUCAUGAACGAGGCGGAGAAGAAGCUGACUGAGUUCUGCACGGCCAAGGCCGGGACCAGCCAGGAGGCAGAGGACAAGCUGUGCAGCCACCGGUCGCUGGUGUCCCUGGUGAGCGGCUUCCAGGAGAAGCUGAGCGGUCUGGAGGAGCAGGCGGCCCAGCUGGAGCUGGUGGGCAGCGACGCCAGCAAGGCCACCAUCAGCCGCUCCAUGACCACCGUGUGGCAGCGCUGGACGCGGCUGCGCAGCGUGGCCCGCGGCCAGGAGAGGGUGCUGGAGGACACGGCCCAGGAGUGGAGGACCUUCCGGGAGAAGAUGGGGAAGCUGCGGGACGUGUCCGAGGAGCUGCGGGCCCGCGUGCCCGACAGCGCGGUGGAGAAGGCCUCCAAGGCGGCGCUGCAGGGCCUGCAGGAGCAGCACGACCUGCUGAGCCAGGACGUGGAGCGGGAGCUGUCGGGCCUCACCCUGCUGCGGCAGUACGCCCUCAGCCUGCUGCACGUGGUGGAGGUGCCCUCGCCCACCACCGAGCAGGAGGAGCUGCCCAGCCUCAAGGAGAUCCGGGCCGUGCAGGACCAGCUGGAGAGCCUGCUGGCCCAGUCCAGGGCCCGGCACGCCCAGGCCAGCGAGGAGCUGCGAGAGCGGGAGGAGCUGGAGAAGGACCUGAGCGUGAUCAAGGCCUGGAUCCAGGAGACCCGGGAGCUGCUCCACAACCCCACCCCGGACAUCGACGCCCUGCUGCAGAACCUGGAGGUUGUCCACGGCGACGUGAUCACCUACCGUCAGAACGUGGACAAGGUGGCAGAGCAGCAGCAGACCAAGUACCUGGACCUGUACACCAUCCUGCCGUCGGAGAUCUCCAUGCAGCUGGCCGAGGUGUCCCUGGCUCUGGGCGCCAUCGAAGACCAGGUUCUGUCCAGAGAGAGGGAAAUCCAGAAGACCAGAGACAUAAAGGAGGACUUCAGCUCCAAAAUCCACGAUGUAUCGGAGAAGCUCAAAGCUAUCGCCGCUAAAUUCAAGGAGAAGUCCCCGGACGUGGACCAUGCCAAAGACGAGGUCAAGAGUCUGGCCGAGGACUUGGACAGCUGUGGCCGCUCUCUGUCGGAGCUGGAGGCUGCGAUACAGGAGUUUGGGCGAAGGAACCCGCUGUUAGCCAAGCAGCUAAGCGAUACUACGAGCAAGCUGUCGGAGAUCCACCACCAUACCAGCAGGCUAGCCGACGCUAGGAACAACUGGCUUAAAAAGGCUGUCUGCUACCUGGACGAGUACAACGAGAUGUUGGACUUCAUCCUGAGGUGGUCUGAGAGGGCACGGAGCCUGGUGAGAGCCAACAUCAUCUGGAACUCCUCCGUUCAUCUCCAGGAGCAGAUCAGGAUGUACCAGGCGGUGCUGCGUGAGUCACGGGAGCUCCAUGGGGACCUGGAGUCCAUGGCGGAGAAGGUGGAGCUGCUGUCGGAGGUGCUGCAGGUGGAGGCUCUGACCCAGCAGGUGUGUGAGCUCAGCCGCCACGCCGAGGAGCUCCAGCAGAGCAUCAAGACCCGGCUGCAGAGCCUGCAGGACGCAGACAAGAGCAUGGAGGCGCUGGAGUACGAGGUGAAGGCCCUCCACGGGGCCCUGGAGCAGGUCCAGACCACCCUCACCUCCCCAGAGCUGGCCCGCCAGAGCCUCAAGGAGCAGCUGGUCCAGCGACAGCGUCUCCUGGCGGAUAUGGAGAGCUUCAAGCAGCUGGUGCAGGCGGUGCAGAUGUGUCAGAGUGCGCUGCGCGUGCCCGAGGAGGUGAUGCCCAACCUGGCCAUCUGCCGCACGGGCCUGCGUCUGCAGCAGGAGGCCAGCCAGCUGCAGCACGUGGCCAUUCAGCAGUGCAACAUCCUGCAGGAGUCGGUGGUGCAGUAUGAGCAGUAUGAGCAGGAGGUGCGGGAGCUCCAGGGACUCAUCGAGGAGGCCCACGGGGUGAUCCAGGACCGGCCCUUCUCCACCAACAGCAUCCAGGAGCUGCAGGCCCAGAUCAUCCACCACGAGGAGCUGGCCCAGAAGAUCAAGGGCUACCAGGAGCAGAUCGCCUCCCUGAACUCCAAGUGCAAGAUGGUGUCGGUGAAGGCCAAGCACGCCACCAUGCUACUGACGGUCACCGACGUGGAAGGACUCCCUGUGGGCCUGGACCACCUUGACGAGGACAGGGCCCAGAAGGCCCCGUCUGUCACGGUGACGGCGGGCCGGUGCCACACCCUGCUGUCCCCUGUCACCGAGGAAUCAGGGGAGGAGGGGGUCACCAGCGAGCUGUCCUCCCCCCCCACCAGCAGCUCUCCCCCGUCCCUCGCUGCACACAGCCAGAACGCUGCCAGCAGGGCGGGGCGUGGGACCCUCACCAGAGCCCCCGUCCAGCAGCUGUACGACCCCACCUUCGAUACCGUGGCCAACCUGGACGACCUGCAGAGGUCCUGGGAAACACUCAAGAACGUGAUCAGUGAGAAGCAGAAGUCUCUGUACGAGGCCCUGGAGAAGCAGCAGCGCUACCAGGGCUCCCUGCAGUCCAUCUCCGCUAAGAUGGAGAGUCUGGAGACCCAGCUGAGCCAGGCUCUGCCCGGGGACAGGAGCCCCACCAGCCUCAUGGAGGCCCAUCAGGAGCUGGCGUUGGAGGUCCAGGCGGUCCAGGGGGAGAUCGACGGGCUGCAGGCCAGCUUCUCGGAGGACCUGAGCGGGGACGCGGCGGGCGUGGGCGACACGGCGGACCAGCUGGCCAUGCAGUCGUCCCUGGCCGUGCUGGCCCAGAGGAUGGCCACCAUCCACAUGAAGGCCUCGGGGAAGCAACAGCUGCUGGAGGAGCGCUUCAGCGAGCGGCUGGAGCGCCAGCAGCAGGACAAACCGGUGCAGCUGUACCUGGGGCAGGCGGACGAGCUGGGCCGCUGGCUGGCCGGCGCCCGGGGGGGCAUCGGCGCCAUCCUGCAGCCCCCGCCUCAGGGGGAGGACGACAUGGAGCCCCAGCUGGAGGACUGUCAGAACAUGCUGCUGGAGAUCGAGGAGAAGGUGCUGGCGCUGGCCGAGCUGUCCCUCCACAGCCAGAGCCUGCUGCAGACGGAGGGGGGAGGAGGAGGAGAGGGAGGAGGAGGAGGAGAGGGAGGACACACCACCAAGGAGGAGGCGGAGCGGCUGGCGGGGAAGCUGGUAACGCUGAAGGACAGCCUGGAGGAGCUCCAGGGCAUGCUGCUGGAGAGGCAGGGCAGCAUCCAGGGAUGUCUGCUGGACCAGGAGUCCAGCGGCUCUGACUCCAGUCCGUCCUACAGCCCCAGCUCCCAGGACUGGCUGGCCCAGGCCCACACCACCCGCUGCCAGCAGCGCCAGGACAGCCUCCAGAGGCAGAAGGAGCUAGAGGAGCAGCUGUCAGAGCAGAAGAAGCUGCUCCAGUCGGUGGCCAGCAGAGGAGAGGAGAUCCUCAUCCAGCAGGCCUCGCCUAGCAGUGCCAGCACCAAGGCGCCCUUCUCGGCGGAGGCCCUGGCGGAGAGGGAGGCACAGGCCUGCCAGGAGCAGAGCAGGCAGCGCUGGGAGAGCUUGAGACUGGAGCUCAGGACCAAACUGCAGCUGCUGCACAAGACCCUGGAGCAGGAGCACCAGCAGCCGGUCUACUCCAGGACCUCCGGGGUGACUCCGCCGGGGUCUCUGUAUACAGACCAGGCGCAGCCCCACGACACCACGUCCAUCAGGUGUCUGUUCGACGGCUUCAGACAGACCAUGGAGGACGCAGACACGCAGCCGGGGGGCCUUCAGCGAGGGGGGUCCCAGGCGGAGCAGCAGCUGUACGCGGCAGUCUCGUCCUCCUCCUCCUGGCUGGACCACGUAGAGAACACCCUCUUCUCCGGCUCUGUGCUGCUCACUGAGAACCCCGAGACGCUCCUUCAGAAACAGGAGACCCUGGAGAGUGAGGUGCGGGCCGUGGCUGAGGAGGUGAGGCACAGCCAGACCCUGCUGUCCGGACCGGGGGCCCCGGGCCCGGCCGAGCCGGCCCUGCUGGAGGACGGCCUGGUGGGGGACACCCUGGACUGCCUGAGGGAGCGGCUGGCCGCGCUGGGCUCCGCCCUCAGCCUGCGCUGCGACCACAUGAGGACCAGGAUGCACCAGCUCACGGCCAAUCAGACGGAGCUGCAGCUGCUCCAGACUGCUCUGAUCGAAACCAAGUGCCAGAUCCUCCAGACGUUAGCCGGAGCCAUGGACAAACCCGCCUCACAACAACUGGAGGUGAUCGGCGACGCAGAGGACAACCUGAGAGACUUUGAGCAGCAGAUCACAGAGCUGAAGAGCAGAGGGGCGGCGCUGCAGGCAGACCAGCCCUCCACCAACAAGCUGCUCAAACUCCAGGACUCGUACGAGGAGCUGGUGAUGACGGUGGGCUCGCGGCGCAGCGGGCUGAACCAGAACAUGGCGCUGAAUGAGCAGUACGAGCGGGCCCUCCAGGACCUCACCGACCUGGUGGACACAGCCCAGGACAAGAUGGCCGCCGACCAGAGGAUCGUGGCUAGCUCUGUGGACGAGGUCCAGAAUCUACUGGACAAGCAUAAGGAGUUCUUCCAGGGCCUGGAGUCCCACAUGAUCCUGACGGAGACGUACUUCAGGAAGAUCAGCGGGCUGGUGCUGCCCAAGGAGAGCCAGGCGCUGGAGGCCACGCUGGGCCAGGCCCAGGCCGUGCUCCGGGAGGCCCACAGCCGGGGGGUGGAGCUGGAGGGCGUCCGCGAGACGUGGUGCCGCCUGGUGCAGGACUACCAGUGUUUAUACCGCCACCUGGAGGCCGUGGAAGGUAGCAUCCCCACCGUCGGUCUGGUGGAGGAGACGGAAGAGAGACUUAACGAAAGGAUCUCCUUAUAUCAGGGCCUGAAGGGUCGGCUGACGGAGCAGCAGCACAAGCUGUACCAGAUGCUGGACGAGGGCAAGCGCUUGCUGCUGCAGGUGAGCUGCCCGGUGCUGGAGAACCAGCUGGCCCUGCUGGGGGAGCACUGGCUGGGCCACACCACCCGGGUCUCCAGGGAGCUGCAGCGGCUGGAUGCCGUGCUCAAGCACUGGACCAGGUACCAGAGGGAGUGGACGGAGCUGGUUGGCUGGCUGCAGUCGGCCCUGGAGCGGCUCGACUUCUGGAACACCCAGGCGGUGCUGGUACCCCAAGAGCUGGAGAGCGUCAGGGACCACCUGGGCGCCUUCCUGGAGUUCUCCAAGGAGGUGGAGGGCAGGGCCUCUCUGAAGAGCUCGGUGGUCGUCGAGGGCAACCAGCUGCUGCGGCUGAAGAAGGUGGACACCGCGGCGCUGCGGUCGGACCUGGCGCGCGUCGACGCGCAGUGGGCGGAGCUGCUCACGCGCAUCCCCGUGGUGCAGGAGAAGCUGCACCAGAUCCAGAUGGAGAAGCUGGCGUCCCGGCACGCCAUCUCCGAGCUGGUCAACUGGAUGUCGCUGAUGGAGAGCGUCAUUGAGGAGGACGAGGAGAACUUCAAGAGCGCCGUGGGCUUCACGGUCGUCCAGGACUACCUGCAGAAGUACAAGGGCUUCCGGGUGGACGUGAGCUGCAAGCAGCUGACGGUGGACUUCGUCAACCAGUCCAUGCUGCAGAGCGGAGGGCAGGACGCCGAGAGCAAGCGCAGCGACAAGACCGACUUCGCCGAGCGCCUUGGCGCCAUGAACCGACGCUGGCAGAUCCUGCAGGGACGCAUCACUGAGAGGAUCCAGUUCCUGGAGAGCCUGCUGGAGAUGUGGCAGGAGUAUGAGAGCAGUGUCCAGGCUCUCAAGUCCUGGAUGCUCUCCCAGGAGGAGAGACUCAAGAGAAAGCACCGCAUCGAGGACCUGACCUCGGUGCAGAACGCCCUGAAAGACUGCCAGGAGAUGGAGGAGCUGCUGAAGGAGAAGGAGAGGGACCUGGAGCGGGUGGAGGAACAGGGCUGUGCCCUCGUCCAGAACAAGACAGAUGAAGCCUGCGCUAUCGUCAUGGAGACCCUCCAGGGUGUCAAUCACACCUGGGCCAACCUGGACCACUUGAUCGGUCAGCUGAAGAUCAGCCUGCGCUCGGUGCUGGACCAGUGGAGCGCGUACAAGCGGGCGUCGGAGGAGAUCAACGGCCACCUGAUGGAGGGACGCUACUCCGUGUCCCGCUUCCGCCUGCUGACCGGCUCGCUGGAGGCCGUGGAGCUCCAGGCCCAGAGCCUCCAGAAUCUACAGGGAGAGCUGGAGAAGCAGGAGAGCAGUGUGCGGAGGUUUGGCGCAGCGACCCACCAGCUGCUGAGGGAGUGCCACCCGUCGGUGUCCGAGUCCCUGAACCUCGCCCUGAAGGACGUCAACGGCAGAUGGAUCGGCCUGCUGGAGGAGAUCUCGGAGCGCCAGCGGAGCAGCAAGGCCCUGCUGCAGCUGUGGCAGCGGCACAAGGAGCUGCAGGAGCAGAGUGCCGCCAGCGUGCUGCGGCAGGAGGAGCGCGCCGAGCAGCUGCUGAAGGCCGCCUGCAGCAAGGACAUGGCCGACCACGAGGUGUCCGACUGGAUCCACGAGUGCAGCGAGCUGCUGCGGUCGCAGGCCCCCGUGCAGGCCUGUCUGCAGGUGCUGCAGGAGCUGGGGGUGCAGCUGAAGCAGCAGGUGGACACCUCGGCCGCGGCCGCCGUCCAGACAGACCACCUGUCCCUCUGCCAGCGCCUGGCGGCCGUGGAGCAGGCCCUCAGCAGGCAGCACACGGCCCUGCAGACUGGCGUGCAGGACUACGAGAAAUUCAACAGCCAGCUGGACGCUCUGGCCCGCUGGAUCUCUGAACCCGAGGACGUCCUGCGGGCCCAGGACCCCAACGGCUCCUCGGACCUGUGCUUAAUACAGGACCGCAUGGAGCAGCUCAAGAGAAUGAUGCUGAAGUUCAGCAGCAUGGCUCCCGAGCUGGAGCGCGUCAACGAGCUGGGCUACCGGCUGCCCCUCAACGACACCGAGAUCAAACGCAUGCAGAACCUCAACCGCAACUGGGCCUCCUCGUCCUCACAGACCACCGAGAGAUUCAGCAAACUGCAGUCCUUCCUGCUGCAGCAGCAGACCUUCCUGGAGAAGUGUGAGACGUGGAUGGAGUUCCUGGUGCAGACGGAGGAGAGCCUGGCCGUGGAGAUCUCUGGGAACUACCCCAGCCUGGUGGAGCAGCAGAAGGCCCACGAGUUGUUCCAGGCAGAGAUGUUCAGCAGGCAGCAGAUCCUCCAUUCCAUCAUCAGCGACGGCCAGAGGAUGCUGGAACAGGGCCAGGUGGACGACAGGGACGAGUUCAACCUGAAGCUGACGCUGCUCAGCAACCAGUGGCAGGGCGUGGUGCGGCGCGCCCAGCAGAGGCGGGGCAUCAUCGACGGCCUGAUCCGCCAGUGGCAGCGCUACCGCGACAUGGCCGAGAAGCUGCGCCGGUGGCUGCUGGAGAUGGCGCCCCCCGCCGACCCGCUGUGCCCCGGGACCACGGUGCCGCUGCAGCAGGCACGCGCCCUGCUGGACGCCACCCAGCUGAAGGAGAAGGUGCUGCAGCGGCAGCAGGGCAGCUACAUCCUGACGGUGGAGGCGGGCCGCCAGCUGCUGCUGUCGGCAGACAGCCGGGCGGAGGGGGCGCUGCAGGAGGAGCUCAGCCUCAUCCAGGACGGCUGGAGGCAUGCCAACGCCUCCCUGGACGCCCACAAGAGGGAGCUCUCCACCCUGCUGAAGGACUGGGAGCGUUGUGAGCGCGGUAUCGGAGGGUCUCUGGAGAAGCUGAGAGCCUUCAAGCGGCAGCUGUCCCAACCGCUGCCCGACCUUCAUGAGGACCUGCAGGGGGAGCAGAUGCGCUGCAAGGAGCUGGAGAGCCGGUUUGCGGGCUGGACCGACGACCUGGCCCACCUGAGCCUGCUCCGGGAGUCUCUGUCCUGCUACAUCGGCCCCGAGGACCUCUCCGUCCUCCAGGAACGCAUCGAGCUGCUCCAGAGGCAGUGGGAGGAGAUCUGCCACCAGCUGUCCCUGCGCCGGCAGCAGGUGAGCGAGAAGCUGAACGAGUGGUGGGUGUUUGGGGAGAAGUACAAGGAGCUGUGUGAGUGGCUGACCGCCAUGGAGAGCAAGGUGUCCCACAACGGAGACGUCAGCAUUGAGGAGAUGAUCGACAAGCUGCGCAAGGACUACCAGGAGGAGAUCACCCUGGUGGAGAACAACAAGCUGCAGCUACACCUGCUGGGCGAGCGGCUGGCCCGGGCCAGCCACCAGAGCAAGGCCUGUGAGAUAGAGGGCAAGCUGGGCAAGGUGGACGACCGCUGGCAGCACCUGCUGGACCUCAUCGGAGCCAGGGGGAAGAAGCUGAGGGAGACCCUGGUGGCUGUCCAGCAGCUGGACAAGAACAUGAGCAGCCUGCGCGCCUGGCUGGCCCACAUCGAGACAGAGCUGUCCAGACCCAUGGCCUACGACACCUGCGACUUCCAGGAGAUCCAGAGGAAGCUGGACCUCCAGCAGGAGCUGCAGAGGGACAUAGAGAAGCACAGCACGGGCGUGGCCUCGGUGCUCAACCUGUGUGAGGUCCUCCUCCACGACUGCGACGCCUGCGCCACUGACACCGAGUGCGACUCCAUCCAGCAGGCCACGCGCAGCCUGGACCGCCGCUGGAGGGCCAUCUGCGCCCUGUCCAUGGACCGCCGGCUCAAGAUCGAGGAGACCUGGCGCCUAUGGCAGAAGUUUCUGGACGACUUCUCCCGUUUCGAGGAGUGGCUGGCCACGUCCGAGAGGACCGCCGCCUCCGCCAACUCCUCGGGCGUUCUGUACACCGUCGCCAAGGAGGAGCUCAAGACCUUCGAGGGCUUCCAGAGGCAGGUGCACGAGAGCCUGACCCACCUGGAGUUCCUGAACAAGCAGUACCGGCGGCUGGCCCGGGAGAACCGCACCGACGCGGCCGGCCGCCUCCGGGAGAUGGCCCAUGACGCCAACCAGCGCUGGGACGACCUGCAGAAGAGGGUGACCUCCGUGCUGCGCAGGCUCAAGCACUUCAUCGGCCAGCGCGAGGAGUUUGAGACGGCCAGGGACGGCAUCCUGGUGUGGCUGACCGAGAUGGACCUCCAGCUCACCAACAUCGAGCACUUCUCCGAGUGUGACAUCCAGGCCAAGAUCAAACAGCUCCGGGCCUUCCAGCAGGAGGUGUCCCUGACCUCCCCUAAGAUCGAGGUGAUCUUCCGGCAGGCGGAGGCGCUGAUGGAGAAGAGCGAGCCGCUGGACGCCACCGUCAUCGAGGAGGAGCAGGAGGAGCUGCGGCGCUACUGCCAGGAGGUGUUCGGCCGGGUGGAGCGCUACCACAAGAAGCUCCUCCGCCUGCCGCUGACAGACGAGGACACGGAGGUGUCGUACUCGGACCGGGAGCUGGACCUGGACGAGGGGGACUGCGAGGGCGACGCCUCCUCAAGCAUGCCCUGGGGGGAGCCGGAGGGCUCCCACUCCCCCCUGCCCUCCUCCAGCCGCUCGGCCUCGCUGGCCGCGCCCCUGCGGGCUGAGCGCUCGGGCCGGGACACGCCCGCCAGCGUGGACUCCAUCCCCCUGGAGUGGGACCACGACUACGACCUGAGCCGCGUGCUGGAGGGCGCCGGCCGCGCCCUGGGGGAGCAGCAGGGCGAGGAGGGCGGAGACUUCCUGCAGCGGCCCGCCUCCGCGCUGUCGGAUGUAGUCAUCCCUGACAGCCCAGAAGCCUAUGUUAAACUAACUGAAAACACACUGAGAUCCACCACGGGUGACGGGGGCUCGUCGUACUCUCACGCGGCGGGGGGGGCGAGCGACGGAGGCCGCAGCUCGCUGCUCCAUCAGCUGGACAGCAGCCGCAGCCGCACCCCCACCAGCCUCGAGCUGGACGGCUCCUACAUGGGAUACAUGCGUCUUCUGGGUGAGUGUCGGGGGAGCAUCGACCAGGUGAAGAGGAUGGGCUCUGAGCUGAAGGAGGAGGAGGACGGGGCCUCCGGCCUGGCCGACCCCGGCAGCUCUGAGUCCCAGAGCUCAGGGGUGAUCGAGCGCUGGGAGCUGCUGCAGGCCCAGGACCUGAGCAAGGAGAUGCGCACCAAACAGAACCAGCAGAAGUGGCAGCAGCUGACCUCUGACCUCCGCAGCGUGUGGGCGUGGCUGGGCCAGGCGGGGGAGGAGCUGGAGCAGCAGCGGCGGCUGGAGCUCAGCACAGACAUCCAGACCAUCCGGCUGCGCAUCAAGAAGCUCAAGGAGCUCCAGAAGGCGCUGGACAAGCGCAAGGCCAUCGUGCUGUCGGUGAACCUGUGCAGCGCGGAGUUUGUGCAGUGUGACAGUGAGGAGAGCAGGGAGAUGCAGGCGAGGCUCACGGACAUGAACAACCACUGGGACAAGCUGGGGCGCGCCCUGGAGGCCUGGAGGGCCUCGCUCCAGGACGCCCUCAUGCAGUGUCAGGACUUCCACGAGACCAGCCACGGCCUCCUGCUGUGGCUGGAGAACAUCGACCGCCGGCGCAACGAGGUGGUGCCCAUCGACCCCCUCCAGGACAGUGAGACGCUGACCCAGCACCACAAGACCCUCACGCAAAUGCGCCGUGAGCUGCUGGACUCCCAGGUGAAGGUGGCCCUGCUGCAGGACAUGUCUCUGCAGCUGCUGGUCAACGCCCCGGGCAGCGACUGCCUGGAGGCCAAGGAAAAGGUGCACGUCAUCGGCAACCGUCUCAAGAUGCUGCUGAAGGAGGUGACCAGGGACCUGCGGGAGCUGGCCAGGACCUUGGACCUCACCAGCAGCCAGCAGGACCUGUCUUCUUGGUCGUCCGCUGAUGAUCUGGACACCUCCGGGUCGGUCAGCCCGGCGUCGGGGAGGAGCACGCCGAGCCGUCGCCGAUCGCAACGGGGCCACAGUAGUGUGUCUCGGACUGGAGCGCCAGUCGCCCGCUCACACCUCAGGUCUCACGACGCUGGGUCCGUUUCCUCCCGUUCUGAGCCGGGCCGGAGCCGGCCCUCCUCCUCCUCCUCCUCCUCCUCAUGCUGGGCCUUCCUGCGGCGCGCCCUGUGGGUGGCGCUGCCCAUCCAGCUGUUCCUGCUCCUCCUGCUUGUGGCUGUGGCCUACCUCCUCGUGCCCAUGACCGACGAGGACUACACCUGCAGCCAGUGUAACAACUUCGCCAGCUCCUUCUACCCCAUGCUCAGCUACACCAACGGACCCCCGCCCGUGUGAUGAGGGGGUCUGACGCCGUUCUGACCCGAGAUCAUGACCCGGUAUCGGGACCCGGUGCGAUCAGUCACGACCAUCUCUCUUCUUCCACCCGGUAGUCGCUGUUUAAACACCUGUGAGAGCAAUGUGGUUGUGGCUGUGAUCAGAAGGUUGUGUACCAUCUGAUCAACGGUUCAUCCUCUCUUCGUUUUGUUUAGCAUAUAGGAUAAGGCAUACCACUGUUUUUAGGAUGUGUGUACCUCUGUAAAUAACAAAGAAACGCUUCCUUUGCCAUGAUCAGAAGCAACGACAAAAAAAGCUAAAAGGCGUGUGAUUGGCCGCUGAGACACGGCGGAUGGAAGGGGCUUGAAGAAGGGACUGAAUGCACACGGCAUGGCGUAGACCGUCCGACGGGAUGAUAAAAAUGUAAUGUUAUUUUUUUGCUCGUAACGACGAAUUAUAUUGAUUAUUCAUUGAAAAACGUGUAAAAUAGCUUUUAAUACACAAUAUCUUAUAUAUCGCAAUUAUUUUUGUACUUUUUUCGGCAUGCUGUUCUUAUUUCUGCUUCGCCUCACCCGAUCUCUCCGCCGCUGCCGUGUGCCAGUCAUGUAUAGUGUAUUUUUUUAACAUGAAGUGCUCGCGAAUGACAUGCCAUUCCACUGAGAUCGUUGACGUGGUGCGUCCAUGGGGAUGACACCGACGACGCCAAACGCUAGCCUCACAGAGCUGGCGACCGGCGGCGCUCACAUGAAGGAUCAUGCUUACGAUAUGCUGUCCAUAAACUGGUCUCAUGACUUUUUUUAACCACUUCAAUCAUGGCUGUGAGAUUAACACUGAAGUAUAGAAAAACUAUAUUUUCUAUGUCUCAAAUCUGUCAACAGUCCAGAAUUAUUUAUCCAGAUGUGUAUAUAACGAUGGACAAGAAGGAAUAUCAAUAUUGUAUGAAUAUCUUACUAUCACAAACAAUGAAUGCCAAAUCCUCUUUUUUUGACUUUUUCUUUUGUAUUUGUAUUUAUUCUACUGCACCUGGUUUCCAUGAGUAAAACAUGCUCUUCCAAUGAUAUUUGAAAUGUAUUGAAACAAAAACAUUCAUUAUAUGAACAAAACACAAAUAACCAUGUCCCUUUUUAUAACUCUGGUCGAUCUCACAAAUUCCGAAUACAACCAUACAAUAAGAUUUACAAAUCAGAAAAUGAAAUGGUCAAGCCUCCUUAAGCGGCCAGUUACAUUUUUAAAGAUAUCAGAUUUAUAACGUCAAAUCGCUAACUCAUGACCAUUGAGUCAACCUCUGUGCAAGAGACCCUGAGGGUUUAGAUUAAAGUGGAGGCUGAGACCCAGAGGGAUUAGAUUAAAGUAGAGGCUGGUGGUGCUGUUCUAGGGCCCAGAGUGUGAGGACCUGUUGGUGCUGUUCGCCUCCUGGCCACUGGGGGUGCUGUCCCGCUGGGCCUGGAUCUCCCUGAGCCCCGUGUGAGGCUCUGGGUGGGCGGGGCACGGCCAGAACCCAGUGAGGGGCGGG